AUAUGUUAAAUAUCUUCAUUAUUUGAUCACUUCAGUCACUUUUAAAAUAGCAGAUUCUUUAGCAGAAUUUAGAUCAGAGAUUGUAAAAGAUAACCGUUAUUUUUGUUAAACUACAAAUUCAAACCUCCCACUACGCAUGCGCUGGCUGCACAAAAUAUCGAGCCGCCCUUCCUCCUCGCUGGUUAAGCCCGCAGGCCCGGGCAGUCGUGAACCGACAACGGUCCCGACUUCAUUUACGUCCCCAGUUUGAUACUUUCCUUUGCAAAUAUGGAUACCAUGCCACAUUUUGAACACGCUCCGCCUCUCCUGCUGCCCUCGCUCCGGCUCUUUAUCCCCCCCCUGCGCCUGGUGUCUGCAGCCAUGUGGCACAUCGUGCAGAAGGGAAACGUGCACGACUACGGCAUGGUGGAGGACUUCAUCAGCACCAUCACAGAAAUCGUGCCCGAGCUGCUGAACGCGGAUCAGAAAGCUCAGCUCCUCCUGGGACUCCGAGCUCGUGUGGUUCUUGAACUGUGUCGAUCUGAGCCGACUGCAGACCCAGAGUCCAUCGAGUUGCAUCUUGCUGGGAUCAAGUCCCUGAUUUCCACCUGGGCGGCGCAGCCGUGUUUUGCAGACGUCCAGUUUCCAGAGUCCAACUUUGUGGAUCAGAUUAAAGUGUUGCUCAAGGAUCCAGAAGAGAAGGAAAAGUUCUUCCAGGAUGUUUUUCCUACGGAUUUUGGGCCAGACUACGACAACGCCCUGCAGGUCCUCAUGCUGGACUUUGUGUCCAGACUGGAGAAGCUGCUCCCGGUUCCAGACGUUCAGCAGACGGCGUCCAUGCUCGGCUCCGCCCCCUCCGCCCUGCAGGAGUGCGCACGCUCAGUUCCCGACCCGCAGAACCUCACUAUGGUUCUGCAGUAUCACACCACGCUCGGACAUUUUGACUUCUCUGAUGAAACUCAAGGCAUCCCAUCAUCCUUUGGGAACUGCAUCCUUUCCUCGUUGUCUCUACCGCAGCUGGAGAAGGUGGUUAUCCACCCUGAGCAGAUGGAGCUGCAGCCUUCAGAGGAGCAGAUGCCAGCCUGCGUGACCGUCCAGGUGGAGGGCGAGACCAUGACUUUGCUGGACUACAUUCAAAUUGAGCCGCCAUCCGGCCUGGUCGACCCGGACGAGAGCGACCCGAAUGUGGAGGAGAGGCCGGAACAGGUGACGCAGGAGGACUCCAGCGAAGCCUUGAAGCCGGCUGCGUUUCAGCCUCUAAAGCAAAGCAAGCGGCUGGAGAUGAAGAGGAACUUCUUAAACGAAAGCGAGGAAUCGGCAGCGGCGAAAAAGCAAAGAAAGAAGUACUCCAAGAAUAAGACGUGUCCUGUGUGCAGCAAGUCCUUCCUGCGCGCUGCGGCCAUGAGGCGUCACCAGGAAACCCACAACUCCAACCGCGACCUGAAAUACAAGUGCAGCAGCUGCGACAAAAGAUUCCGCGACCAGUACGACAUGAACCGGCACGCCAUGCGCGUUCACGAGAAGGGAGACCUGGCCUUCAAAGAGGAGGAGUCUGACCCCAGCACGUCAGAGGUGGCAGAAACCAAAACCUGCUCCCUGUGCGGGAAGUACUUCGCUCGGCAGGUGGACAUGGAGCGACACAUGAAGUCCCACUCGGAGGAGCGGCCGUACAAGUGCUCCUUCUGCGAGAAGAAGUUUAAGAACCCGUACGUCCUGAAGAGGCACGAGAAGGAGAUCUGCAAGAGCCGAGAGCAUAGAAGAGCCAAGAGGAAGGAGCCGGCAAGCGCCAACCCGCCGCCGUCCGCCGAGGUUACUGAGCAGAAAGUGUGUCCCAUCUGCAGCAGAGUGCUACCGUGCACGGCGGACAUGGGCAAGCACCUGCGCUCGCACUCCGAGGAGCGUCCCUUCAUCUGCGUGACAUGUGAGAAGGGCUUCAAGUACAAGGACACUCUCAAGAAGCACCAGAUCAUUCACGGCCACGAGGGCAUCAGGGAGGAGCAGAGCAAGACCCUGGACCAGAUCCUGGCUGAAGCCGACUCUCAGAAUCCCGAUUCCGUCGGGCUGGAAUCCAAGGACACUUCUGAGGACAGUCCAUCGGCUUCAAACGUGGACAAGAAGGUCCAGAAAAUGUGUCCAGUCUGCCUCCGGACGUUCGAUAGCGUCAAAACCCUGAACCGGCACGUCCAGUGCCACACGGACGACCGCCCGUACCACUGCAUCCACUGCAACAAGCACUUCAAGCACAUGCACGGCCUCAAGCGGCACCAGAUCUACGCCGUCUGCCACAAGAAAAGCAGCCGCUUCUUCUGGAAGAAAGGGCUGAGGGUGGGGUCUGGGCAAGGUGACGCCAGCGGCAGCAACCCCCAGCAGGGGGCACAGCCAAGGAUCCCUGUGUGGUGCUCCAACUGCGGCAAACACUUUGAGUACCCGUCCGCCCUGAGGGAGCACCAGGAGAACGUCUGCAAGCUGGAGCUGCGGGACGUCAUGAAGUGCAGCGACUGUGACAAGGAGUUCAAGAGCGUGACCAUGCUGAAGGUGCACCAGCGGAUCCACGACCCGCUCUACUGCAAGGAGUGCGGCAAGAUCCUGGCCAACGAGUCGGCCUUCGAGAGGCACAAGCUGAUGCACCGGCCCAUGCAGUGCACCAUGUGUGAGAAGACCUUCACGCUGCUGCGGCGCCUCAGGGAGCACUACAGCAAGCAGCACGGCUUCAGCGGGCCCUUCCCGUGCUCGCAGUGCAACAAGACCUUCGUGCAGCUUUCCUACCUCGCCAUCCACCAAAGAAUCCACAAAGGGGAGUUCCCCUACGUCUGCGACAUGUGCCCAGAGAAGUUCCGGUCCUCCAACUGCCUGACCGUUCACCAGCGGAAGCACACCGGCGAGAAGCCCUUCCUGUGCUGGCAGUGCGGGAAGUGCUACCGCUCUGCCUCAGAGCUCACAGUCCACAUGGGGACACACUCCGAGGAGAGGCCGUGGGCCUGCACCCAGUGCGACAUGGCGUACCGCACCAAGCUGCAGCUCACCAACCACGUGGAGCAGGUCCACAUCGGCGUGCGGUACCCCUGCAACGCCUGCGGGAAGCAGUUUAUGAAGGAGACGUCGCUGAAGAGGCACGAGCUCAUCCACACGGGCGAGCGGCCUCACCAGUGCACCGUGUGCGGAAAGACUUUCCUGACCGCCAACGAGCUGCGUCUGCACAACCGAUACCACACGGGCGAGCGACCGUACAAGUGCGACGUCUGCAGCAAGGCCUUCAUCCAGUCAGGCUACCUGAAGGCUCACAUGCGCAUCCACACCGGCGAGAAGCCCUUCAAGUGUGACAUCUGCGACAAAGGCUUCCGGCUCUCCAACCACAUGAAGAAGCACCGGCGGACUCACGCCGGGAAGCAGAAGAGCUUCGUCUGUGAGGAGUGCGGCCUCGUCUUCCUCGACAAGAAGGCCCUUUGGGAACACUCGCUCAGCCACGACUCAAGAAUAGAACCCACCUUUACUGACAAAGUCAGAAUAGAAUUCCAGUAAAAAACGCUUGUCUUAUUGGUUAUUUUUCUUUUGGACUACGUUUCCCACAAGCCCCCUGCUCAACGUUUUUUAGUGGAUUUUUUUAUGUGAUUUAUUUGUUUUUUGUCUUAAAAUUCUGCUCUGAUCUUUUGAAAGUAUCUCAAAAUAAAAAGUUCACUUUUUUCCAAAUGUU